AUAAUUCAGCAAUUUAACAAUUGUGUUUAUUGUGUGUGUUCUUUGUAAUAGUAAUUAAAAUUUUAUAUUUAAUAUUUUCUUGAGUGAACAAUGCUUUCAUCAUCAUGUAGGAUCAGUCUUGUGACUGUAAUAUUUUCAGUCAGUUGUAAAGAUUAGCAAGGAAGAAGGAAAUAAACUUUGGAAUGGUUAAAUCAAAUAGUGCCAAAGUCAAUGUGUUAUACAAAGUUUGCAUACUAAAAAUAGAAAAUGCCAGGCACAUUGACAUAUCCAAUUUAUGCAGAUGUUGAACCAUCAGUGCCAAGACGUCGCGCUUAUACAUGGAAUUCUCAACAUCGAUCAACAUCUCGUGUAACAGAUUUGACAUCACGUGCUGGACGAUUAUCUUUAACAGAUAAUGUGAGAGAUGAGGGUACGCGCAAGUUGAGGUUAAAGGUGAUUGCGGGACAUCACCUUGCAAAAAAGGAUAUCUUUGGUGCAAGCGAUCCUUAUGUCCGCGUAGACUUAAAUACUAUAAAUGGAGAUCAGACUGUGGAUUCUGCACUUACAAAAACUAAAAAGAAGACUUUAAAUCCUAUUUGGGAAGAAGAAUUUAUAUUUAGAGUUAAGCCUGUUGAUCAUAAGCUAGUAUUACAAGUUUUCGAUGAAAAUAGAUUGACAAGGGAUGAUUUUCUUGGGAUGGUAGAAUUAACACUACUUAAUUUACCUAAGGAACAAGAGGGUCGUACAAUUCCUGCUAGAAUCUAUAUUCUUCGACCUCGUAGUAAUCAUUCCAGUCAGCGAUCGAGAGUUAAAGGAACAUUGGAGAUAUAUCAUGCAUAUAUUUCUGACUCAACGACUACAGAAAAUGAAGAUGGAGAUGCAUCUGAUUCAGGAGGAUGGGAGCUAGUACAGCCAGAAAAUAAUAGUCCUGUAGAACAAGCUUCAGAAAUCCAUAUGGUUAAUGGACCAUUACCUCCAGGAUGGGAAGAAAGACAAGAUGCUAAUGGAAGAACAUACUAUGUCAAUCACAUUGCUCGGUUUACACAAUGGGAGCGACCAACAGAUACAAAUACAUCAUCUACUGGUAACAUAACAGAACAACGUAAUUUGGAUACAGCAGCAACAGAAUUUCAACGACGUUUCCACAUUAGUGCAGAUGAAGAGAAUAGACACCGAAGUUCAGUUAUCAACCAGGAUGGUGAAGUUCUACGCGAAGAAGAUGAAGAUUCAGAAGCAAGAGAUAGUGAGGGUAGGAUUCAUAGGGAAGGGGGUAUUGGGGAUACUUCCUCAGAGUCUGGACAUUCUGUUGAUCUACGUGGCUACCAAAGUGAAUGUGAAGAUCAGAGUGAUAGUGUUGAUAGUCCAGCUGGUUCGAGACGAUCAUCAGAGCAGAUCGACAGUCCAAAACCUACACUUCCUGUAUGUGAGGAAGGUUUGCCGCCUGGUUGGGGUAUGCAAAUAGCUCCCAAUGGUCGUGUAUUUUUUAUUGAUCACAACGAAAGAGCAACAACAUGGAUUGAUCCAAGAACAGGCAGACCAAGUUCUAUACCUAAUCACAUUGCACCGUCAACUACGCCAAGAAGCGAUUUAGAUCAACUUGGACCUCUUCCAGAAGGCUGGGAAGAAAGAGUACAUACAGAUGGACGAAUAUUUUUCAUAGAUCACAACACUAGGACAACUCAAUGGGAAGAUCCGCGUAUGUCCAAUCCACAAAUCGCUGGUCCAGCCGUACCGUACUCCAGAGAUUACAAACGUAAAUAUGAAUAUUUGAAGUCUCAGUUGAGAAAACCGAACAAUGUUCCUAAUAAAUUUGAAAUAAAAGUUGGAAGGAACAACAUAUUGGAAGACUCAUAUCGUAUCAUAAGUUCUGUGAAUAGAGUGGAGAUUUUAAAAACAAAACUAUGGGUAGAAUUUGAAGGAGAAGUAGGUUUAGAUUAUGGAGGUCUCGCAAGAGAAUGGUUUUUCCUUUUAUCUAAAGAAAUGUUCAAUCCAUAUUAUGGUCUUUUCGAAUAUUCGGCUACAGACAACUAUACUCUUCAAAUUAAUCCAUUCUCCGGAGUAUGCAACGAGGAACAUUUGAAUUACUUUAAAUUUAUUGGACGUAUAGCUGGCAUGGCAGUAUAUCAUGGCAAACUUUUGGAUGCAUUCUUUAUUCGACCAUUUUAUAAAAUGAUGUUGGGAAAGCCUAUUGACUUGAAAGAUAUGGAAAGUGUCGAUUCUGAGUACUAUAAUUCGUUGUUAUGGAUCAAAGAGAACGAUCCAAGUGAAUUGGAACUUACAUUUUCCGUUGACGAAGAAAGCUUUGGGCAUACUUCACAGAGAGAGCUUAAGCCAGAUGGUGCUAAUAUAUCAUUAACGGACGAAAACAAAGAUGAGUAUAUAAGUUUAGUUAUUCAAUGGAGAUUUGUAUCACGCGUGCAAGAACAAAUGAACGCAUUCUUAGAAGGAUUUAAUGCAUUAAUACCACCAACGCUAGUGAAAAUAUUCGACGAACAUGAAUUGGAAUUACUGAUGUGUGGUAUCCAACAUAUUGAUGUAAAAGACUGGAAGCAAAAUACAUUAUACAAAGGAGAUUAUCAUGCAAAUCAUAUUGUAGUUCAAUGGUUUUGGAGAGUCGUUCUUUCGUUUACCAAUGAAAUGAGAUCGAGACUUUUACAAUUUGUGACUGGUACUUCGCGGGUUCCAAUGAACGGUUUCAAAGAACUUUAUGGAAGCAAUGGACCACAAUUAUUUACGAUUGAAAAGUGGGGUACACCGGAUAAUUAUCCAAGAGCACAUACUUGUUUUAACCGUAUUGACCUUCCACCUUACGAAAGUUAUCAACAGCUCAGGGAUAAGUUAAUAAAAGCUAUUGAAGGUUCUCAAGGUUUUGCUGGAGUCGAUUAGCACGAAAUACCCCUAUUCAUGCUGAUUCUGUAAUAUAAUAUACAUAUGUAUAUAUAUAUAACACGCAUAAGUACACAGCGAUGUAUAUCGACUUGACAUUAUUGACUAUUUAACACGAUUAAUAUUUUCCUGCACUAUGAAAAUUUAGUUGUGUCUUGAAUAAGACAACGAGAUACAGUAUAAAGUAUAUACAUUGCUUAGCUUUUACGAACGACAUGGACAAAAUUUGAAACAUAUUAUUUUCUAUAAAGUGUAUUUCCCCAUUGGCGAAAUUUUGCAUGAUUUUAAAUGCAUAUGACGUGUAAUAACUAAUGACCGUGUUUGUUCGUUCAGUAAUAGAGAAAGUUUUAGUCUUUAUCAAUACAAGUAUUUCAACAAGUUUAUUUUAAGAUAAAUACGGCCCGGCUACUAUACGAUGGAAAAUAAUAGUGUGAUAUUAAUUUUGUAAAUAAAUUUAUAAUAAGAUAAUUAAUGUAUUAGUUAAGCUGUCAAUCGCUAAAUUAUGUGAGCAUUUAAAAAGGAGGGAAACAUUAGAAAAGCCAGUCCAACUUUUAGUAGAUUGAUCUCGUUGAGAAUCGUUAAUUUUCUUUUUAAUUCGUUAAAUUAACAGUAACAUUAUUCGGUCAUGAGUAGUAUAUAGUCGUAUUCUUAUAAAGUGAAGCUAUAUACAAUUAAUAAAUGUGAAAAGUUCAAAUACGAAUGUACAGAAAAAAGCAGGAAGGCUAGAAUAAUUUUUAUUAAAGAUGCAAUUAGAAAGAAAUUUAGACAGAAUCGUAUAAUUAAAAAAUGACGAGGAUUUAAAAGUUAUAUUGAGUUGUGAUUUUAGUAAUACAUGUCAUUUUGCAAUUUUAUGUUUUAUAGAAGAUGACAUAUAGAUAAUUUGACCUUAUAUUUCAAAUGUAUAACACGUACUACUUAAAACACAUAGCACGCUAAAAUAUUACGUAGCACAUAAUUAUAAUAUUAAUAUUUUGCUUUGUAUCUCGUUCUUUUUAAUAAUGUUAGCAGUAAACACGAUUAAUGUUUACUCGAUUAGUUGAUUGUACAUAAUUUAUAGUAUAAUUAAGGUACAAGAUAUAUGGCAAAACUACAUUAAAACUUUUAACUGUUUGUAAACGUCGACAAUAUUCUAAAGGAACAGACAAUUGAUUUUAUCAAAAAUGAAAUGAAUAUAUAAUAUUAUCGCCGAUGCACUAGAAUCAGCAAUAAUGGCAAGUUAAGCGUUGUGGAUAAAUGCCUACUCUGUAUUAUAAUACGUAUCCAUAGAGUAUAAUAAGUAUCCUAGCAGAUAUUUAAUAUACGAAGUUGACUACACAUUCCAUCCUAUUUGUACAGCUUAUUUUUUUUAAAUGAAUACGUCCCGUUUAGAUGAUAAACAUCCUUAUGUAACAACGUAACAUUUUGUGGCCUUAAAUUCUGAUUAUGAUAUUUCUUAUCGUAGUACAUUUCUGGUUAUAAACGUUAAAUUUGUAUUACUGUAAAGAAUAAGAAUCGUUUAAUCUAAUUGAAUAUAUCCGUUUGAGAUAUUAUUUUCAACUGCGUCUGGCAAAGAAAGAUAUCGUGCAUUACUGUGAACGUGUGAAUUUAAAUCGUCAUUGAUAGGUCGUCGAUGAUUAUCAUCUUCAUAGGUGUUACAAUUAAAAAGUAACAAUCCUGUAAUAAAUCAUACAUAACGUUGAACGUUUGAAUUUAAUUCUAAAUAUAAAACAGUAUUAUUUCUUAUAUGGAUAACAAUAUCUUGAUUUUACGAAUCCAUUGAGAAAAGAAAAAUCACGACGAUCACUCCUUAAUAUUAAUUAUACUCGAUUUAUUGUAAUCGAUCGAGUAUGAUAUUAAAAUUAUAUAUAUAUAUAUUUUUUUUAUUUAUAUAUAUUAACAUCUAAUAGAAUCGUAAUUACGAAAUGGAUCGUUAUCGAUAUUACGACAGUAAUGCAUGGAUAUUUCAUUGAUGUAAACGUUAAAGAUUAUUAUAUUUAUGUAAGGUAUAUCAUAUAAUCGUAUUAAUGUAUAUAUCGUAGUCUCAUAUAAGCAGUCUUAUUCAGAGUAUAGCAUUUUUUUAAAGAAAUCCCGCAGAUAGAUGUAAGCUAGAAGUUAUUCAGUCCAUUCGACUUAAAAGGGCGUUUUCAAUGGCUAUUUUAGCUGUCACGAGUUUGUUAAUGUUUAUUUGUUUCUCCUUUUCUUUUUUAGCAAAAUUUUUACCGACGAAGCUUUGACCAAAAAAAAAUAUUAAAAAAAAAAAAAGAAAAAAGAGAAAAAAAAACUAAAACAAAAAGGAUAAUCCAAGCUUUGACGUUUACUUUGUAUUAAGAAAAAAAAAAUUUUAAAAAAAAGCUAAAAAAAAAAAAAGAAAAAAAAGAGAAAGUGAGAAAAAUCGUAACUGAAGAAAAAUAAUCGAUAAAAUAAUUAUCAUUUAUUGUUAUUAUUAUUGUUUGUCUAAUCGAUAUAGCCAUAUUCAAUAUGGUGAUGUGUAUUCUUAAGAAAAAAGGAAACUUAACUUUUUUCUUAAUAUAAGGCAGGUUCGAUAUUUCAUACAUAAUAGAUACAACAGACACAACUACACAAUUUAUUUACAUUCUUACGUGCAUACGUCGGCUGAAAAGUACGACUUAAUCGAAAUGACACUUGUAUUCCUUUAUUAUUUCAUAUGUAAAUAUAAAGAAAAAGAAAGAAAAAAAAAAAUAUAUUGAAAGAAAUACGACGCUGUAAUAUAUCAAUUAUUAAUUAUUAUUAAAAACACUUAUACGAUAUCUCUUCACUUUACUUGUAAUUAAAGGAUUAUUAAUACUAAUGUGCUUGUAAGAUCAUAUGUUACGAUGAGGUAGACGAUAAUUAACACAGAACAUUUGGGCAUAAAUAUCAGGAAGAACGAGAGACGAACGAAGAGAGAGGAUUGAGCAUCUAGACAAUGGUGUAUAAUUAAUGAAUUAAUUAAAUAAUUAAUCGAAUUAAGGAUUAAGAAAAAAAUCUUAUGUUCUUAUAACGAUAUUAUGGAAGAAUCAGACUAUAUAUGCAAAUAAAUUAUAUCAAAAAGUUACACGA